CACGUAGAUUGCUUCUUUACUCAGCUGAGAAGACCACAAAGUUCAACAAUGGCCAUCACUGACAUCCUUUCUGCUAAAGAUAUUGAAUCUGCUCUCUCCAGCUGCCAGGCUGAUGGUAGCUUCAACUGCAAGUCUUUCUUCUCCAUGAUUGGUUUAUCCAGCAAAACUCCUGAUCAGAUAAAGAAAAUUUUUGGAAUCCUUGAUCAGGACAACAAUGGUUUCAUUGAAGAAGAUGAGCUUCAACUGUUUCUGAAGAAUUUCUCUUCAAGUGCCAGAGCGCUCACCCCCGCAGAGAUCAAGGACUUCAUGGCUGCAGGUGACUCUGAUGGCGAUGGCAAAAUUGGAGUAGAAGAAUUCCAGUCUAUGGUGAAGGCAUAAACAGCAUCAGGCCAAAGGCAUCCUUGGACUGACUCUUCCAAUUACCUCGUCCAACAAGCACUUCGCACUCAGCAUGUGUUUGUACAUUUUUAUAUUGUUUCAGGCAUUAACAACCCCUCAAGUUCACACAUCAGACUGCUGAGAAAUCUUGCAAUGUACAGAUCAUGUGGUACUGUUACAUUUCCAUUGUAAAGAAAGCACUUUGCGAUUUUCAACCACUCAUAAUGUUGAAAUUGUGGCUAGAAAAGGGGAGAUAAAAAAU